AUGGUUUCUAUGGCCAAGCUGGCCGUGCUGGCCACCGCCGUCCUAGGCAGAGCCGCAACCGCAGCUCCGGCCUCAGCCUCAGCCCCACCUCCUGUCGUUGAGGCCGCUCCGAUGCCGCCCGGCGGGAUCCCGAACACUCCAGUACCGUCGUCCGCCCUUGCGGCGCGCGAUGUAGACGGCCUUUCCAAGCGCGCCCUUACCGAGAUCCAGUUCUGGAAGGACACCCACUUCAGGGGAGAAUACGUCUUGACGGGCUUCGAGUCGGGGCUUUGCUAUACAUUCACGGGCACUUGGGAUCACUGGAACAAGGCUGUGUCGUCAGUCGAUAUUAUCAGCGGUGGCCCAUGCUGGGUAUACGAAGGUGUUCGCUGCGACAUUGCAUCCCUGGGCCCCAUCACAUACGGAACCCCGAUAGCAGAGCUGGGAAAGUUUGAUUGGGACAAUAGGUUCGGUUCAGUGACCUGCCACGCCUAG